AUGGCUAUCCCAGACGAGAAUAUCCAUCCUAUUGCAACAGGAAACGCCGCUAAAACGGUAGCAGAACACCAAGCGAAGCAGGAUUUGGUGUUCUACUCUGGAUGGUUCUGUCCUUUCAACCAGCGUGUCUGGGUUUCCUUAGAGGAAAAGGGCAUUCCAUACCAAUACAAGGAAGUCAACCCAUACAAAAAGGAGAAGCAUUUCCUUGAUAUCAAUCCCAAGGGUCUCGUCCCUGCAAUUGAGUAUCAGGGUAGGGCUCUAUAUGAGUCGCUCGUCCUGUGCGAGUAUCUUGAGGAGGCUUACCCCAACCAUGAGCCUCGCCUCCUCCCCGUUGAUCCAUUCGAGCGCGCACAUGCACAGAGCACAGAGCAGCAAGACGCUGCACGCCAGGAACUCUACGAUGCGCAGAGGAAGCUCGCUCAGCAGGUCAAGGGCCCGUACUUUACUGGAAAAGAGUUCGGUUUGGUCGAUGUCGCUAAUGCGCCAUGGGUAGCUCGAGAGUAUAUUCUUGCUGAGCACCGGGGGUAUGACGGAACGCAAGUAGGCAACGGUUGGAGUGAGUAUGCGGAGCGCUUGGCCACGCGCGAGAGCAUCAUCAAAACCACGAGCGAUGAAGAUAAGCUUCAGGUUAUAUAUGAUCGGUAUCUUCGCGACGAAGCUCAAAGCGAAGUUGCAAAAGCUCUCAGAGCUGGCAGGCCUUUACCUUAA